AUGCCUGGUGGGUACAAGGGUGAAUGUGGGGACGAUAUGGAUCCCAUGCCCUUCCUGGCCCCUCCUGACAAGGAGAAGCUCGAAGCCAUGAACGAACCCUAUGACAUCAAGAGGUCCUGCUGGGUCAAAGACAAGAAGGAGGGCUUCGUUGCAGGCGAGAUUCAGUCUGAGCAGGGUGACCAAGUCACUGUGAAGACUGUUACCAACCAGACUCUCACUAUGAAGAAGGAUGAUAUCCAGCAGAUGAACCCACCCAAAUUCUACCAAGCCAGUGACAUGGAAGACAUGACCUUCCUGAAUAAGGCCAGUGUCCUGGACAAUUUGCGCCAGCGCUAUGUCAACAUGAGGAUCUAUACCUACUCCGGCCUGUUCUGUGUGACAGUCAACCCCUACAGGUGGCUGCCCAUCUACGGGGCCCGCGUGGCCAACAUGUACAAGGGCAAGAAGCGCACAGAGAUGCCUCCCCACCUCUUCUCUAUCUCUGAUAAGGCCUAUCACGACAUGCUCACGGAUCAUGAAAAUCAGUCUAUGCUAAUCACUGGAGAAGCUGGUGCUGGCAAGACUGAGAACACAAAGAAGGUCAUCCAGUACUUUGCCAACAUCGGAGGAACUGGCAAACAGUCCUCGGAUAAGAAGGGGUCCCUGGAGGAUCAAAUCAUCCAGGCCAACUCAGUGCUGGAGGCCUUUGGGAAUGCCAAGACCACAAGGAACAAUAACUCUUCUCGCUUCGGCAAGUUCAUCCGGAUCCAUUUUGGAACUACAGGCAAACUGGCUGGAGCUGACAUCGAGAGUUAUCUCUUAGAGAAAUCUCGUGUCAUCUCACAGCAAGCAGCCAAGAGAGGCUACCACAUUUUCUACCAGAUUCUCUCAAACAAGAAGCCUGAACUUGUUGAGAGCUUGCUGCUGGUCCCCAACCCUAAGCAAUACCACUGGGUGAGCCAAGGUGUCACUAUGGUGGAAAACAUGGACGAUGGGGAGGAACUGCAGAUCACAGAUGAUGCCUUUGAUGUGCUGGGCUUCACUGCUGAGGAGAAGAUGGGCGUUCAUAAGCUGACGGGGGGCAUCAUGCACUUUGGGAACAUGAAGUUCAAGCAGAAGCCCAGAGAAGAACAAGCUGAAGUGGAUACCACUGAGGUGGCUGACAAAGUUGCCCACCUCAUGGGUCUCAAUUCUGGUGAACUUCAGAAGGGCAUCACUAGGCCCCGGGUCAAAGUGGGCAAUGAAUUUGUACAAAAAGGCCAGAACAUGGAGCAAUGUCAAAACUCCAUCAGGGCUCUGGGCAAGGCCGUCUAUGACAAGAUGUUCAAGUGGCUGGUGGUCAGGAUCAACAAGACCUUGGACACCAAGAUGCAGAGGCAGUUCUUCAUUGGGGUGCUGGACAUUGCUGGCUUCGAGAUCUUUGAGUUUAACAGCUUCAAGCAACUCUGCAUUAACUUCACCAAUGAGAAGCUGUAGCAGUUCUUCAACCACCACAUGUUUGUGCUGGAGCAGGAAGAGUACAAGAGGGUGGGCAUCGAAUGGGUCUUCAUAGACUUUGGCCUUGACUUGCAGGCUUGCAUCGAUCUCCUGGAAAAGUCCAUGGGCAUCUUCUCCAUCCUGGAGGAACAAUGUGUCUUCCCCAAAGCUACCGAUGCCACAUUCAAGGCAGCCCUGUAUGACAACCACUUGGAAAAGUCCAGCAACUUUCUUAAGCCCAAAGGGGGCAAGGGCAAGGGGCCUGAGGCCCACUUUGAGCUCAUCCACUAUGCAGGCACUGUGGGCUACAACAUCACAGGCUGGCUGGAGAAGAACAAAGACCCCCUGAAUGAAACAGUGGUGGGCUUGUUCCAGAAAUCGACCCUGGGACUCCUGGGUCUUCUCUUCAAAGAAGAGGAGGCUCCAGCUGGAACCAAGAAGCAGAAGAGAGGUUCCUCCUUCACGACGGUCUCAAACUUCUACAGGGAGUAGCUAAACAAGCUGAUGGCCACUCUCCACAGCACUGCUCCCCAUUUUGUUCGUUGUAUUGUCCCCAGUGAGUUUAAACAGUCAGGUGUGGUGGAUGCUCACCUGAUCAUGCACCAGCUGGCUUGCAACGGUGUCCUGGAAGGCAUCCGUAUUUGCAGAAAGGGCUUCCCAAAUAGGCUGCAGUAUCCAGAGUUCAAACAGAGGUACCAAGUGCUGAACCCCAACGUGAUUCCCCAGGGGUUUGUGGACAACAAGAAGGCCUCAGAACUGCUUCUUGGGUCCAUUGACCUAGACACGAAUGAAUACAAAAUUGGGCAUACCAAGGUAUUCUUCCGUGCGGGCAUCCUGGCCAAGCUUGAGGACAUGAGGGAUGAGCGUCUGGCCAAGAUCAUGACUAUGCUGCAGUGUCGGCUCCGGGGUUUCCUCAUGAGGGUCGAGUUCAAGAAGAUGCUGGAACGAAGAAUUGGCUUGAAAGUCAUUCAGCGGAAUGUGCGCAAGUUCCUGCAGCUGCGUUUCUGGGGCUGGUGGAAGCUAUACAACAAGGUCAAGCCACUCCUGAAUGUAGCUUGGCAAGAGGAAGAGAUGAAGGUCAAAGAGGAGGAGCUGAGGAGUGCCAUGGCCAAGACCCAGGAGUUGAUCAACAAGGUCAAGGAACUAGAGGAGAAGAUGGCUACGCUCAGCCAGGAGAAGAAGGACCUCACUAUCCAGUUGCAGGCUGAGCAAGAGAACCUGAUGGAUGCAGAGGAGCGCCUGACCCAAAUGAUGAAGACCAAGAUGGAACUAGAAAGCCAGAUUGCAGACAUGCGGGAAUGACUAGAGGAGGAAGAAGGCAUGACGGCCUCACUAAGCGCCACUAAGCGUAAGCUGGAAGGGGAGCUGAGCGACCUGAAGAGGGACCUGGAGGGCCUAGAAACCACACUAGCCAAGACGGAGAAGGAAAAGCAGGCCCUGGAUCACAAGGUCCGCACCCUGACUGGGGACCUCUCACUCCGUGAAGACUCCAUUGCUAAGCUCCAGAAGGAGAAGAGGGCCCUGGAGGAGCUACACCAGAAAACCCUGGAUGACCUACAAGCUGAGGAGGACAAGGUGAACCACCUGACCAAGAACAACAGCAAGCUGAGCACCCAGAUCCACGAGCUGGAGGAUAACUGGGAGCAGGAAAAGAAAAUCCGGGCAGAGGUAGAAAAGGCUUGGUGGAAAGCUGAGGGCGACCUGAAGAUGACCAUCAACAACCUCAAUGAGAUGGAGCGUUCCAAGCUGGAUCUUGAGGAGGUGGUGAAAAAGAGGGAUAUGGAAAUAAAUUCUAUCAAUUCUAAAUAUGAGGAUGAGCAGUCUCUGAAUUCCACGCUGCAACGGAAACUAAAGGAAUAUCAGGCCCGAAUUGAAGAGCUAGAAGAAGAACUGGAAACCGAGAGGGCAAUGAGAGCCAAGGUGGAGAAACAACGCAGUGACCUGGCCCGGGACCUUGAAGAUCUCAGUGACAGGCUGGAGGAGGCUGGUGGAGCUACAUCUGCUCAGAUUGAGCAGAAUCGCAAGCGGGAGGCCGAGCUGCUGAAGCUGCUGCGUGAGCUGGAGGAGGCAGCCCUGCAGAGUGAGGCCACAGCCUCCACGCUUCGUAAGAAGCACACAGACUCCAUGGCUGAGCUGACAGAGCACGUGGAGAGCCUGCAAAGGAUCAAGUCCAAGCUGGAAAAGGACAAGCAGGUGAUGAAGGCCGAGAUCGACGACCUCAACGCCAGCGUGGAGACGAUGCAGAAGUCCAAGGUGAGGGUGGCUCCUUCCCCUACAUAACUUCAUAACUUCACCGUGCUCAGUCUUCACCUCUAAAACACAAGGAUGGCAGAAAUAAUCCCCACCUCAGAGCGGAACCAGUUCUUCAUCCAAUCUAUUUCUUCUAUCCCUUUUUACGCAGCUGAAAAUAGUGAACUGAGCCGGGAAUAUGAAGAAUCCCAGAGCCGACUCAAUCAACUGCUACGGAUAAAGACAUCUCUGACAUCACAAACAGAUGACUACAAGAGGCAGCUGGAUGAAGAGUCAAAGUCUCGCAGUGCAGCUGUGGUGAGCCUGGCCAACACCAAGCACGACCUGGACCUGCUGAAGGAGCAGCUAGAGGAGGAGCAGGGCGGCAAGUCAGAGCUGCAGCGCCUUGUUUCCAAGCUCAACACUGAAGUGACCAGCUGGAGGACCGAGUAUGAGACUGAUGCCAUCCAGAGGACUGAGGAGCUGGAGGAGACCAAGAGGAAGUUGGCCGCUAGGCUCCAGGAAGCAGAGGAGGCAGCUGAAGCUGCCCAGGCCCGGGCUGCCUCCCUUGAGAAAAAUAAACAGAGGCUCCAAGCAGAAGUUGAAGACCUCACCAUCGACUUGGAGAAGGCCAAUGCUGCUGCCGCUGCCCUAGACAAGAAGUAGCGUGUCUUUGACAAGAUGCUAGCCGAGUGGCAGCAGAAGUGUGAGGAGCUGCAGGUGGAAGUGGACAGCUCACAGAAGGAGCGCCGCAUGUAUAUGACAGAGAGCUUCAAGAUCAAGACAGCCUAUGAGGAGGUACUGGAGCACCUUGAAUCGACGAGGAAGGAGAACAAGACCCUGCAGGAGGAGAUCAAGGAUCUCAUUGAUCAGCCAGGAGAGGGAGGAUGAAGUGUGUAUGAGCUGCAGAAGUUGAAGAAAAAACUAGAGAUUGAAAAGGAAGAACUCCAGGUGGCCUUGGAAGAAGCUGAAUCUUCUCUGGAGGUUGAAGAGAGCAAGGGGAUCCGAAUUCAGUUGGAACUGGCUCAGGUCAAAGCUGACAUCGACUGGAGAAUCCAUGAGAAAGAAGAGGAAUUUGAAGCUAUGAGGAAGAACCACCAGCGGGCAAUCGAGUCAUUGCAGGCCAGCUUGGAGGCAGAGGCCAAGGGCCAGGCAGAGGCACUACGUCUCAAGAAGAAGAUGGAGACAGAUCUAAAUGAGAUGGAAAUCCAGCUGGACCAUGCCAACAAGAAUAACAGUGAACUUGUGAAGACACUGAAAAGGGUGCAACAGCAAAUCAAGGACCUGCAGGUGCAGAUGGAUGAGGAUGCCCGGCAGCAUGAGGAGCUGCGGGAGCAGUACAACCUGCAGGAGCGGCGCCUGAGUUUGUUGCAGACAGAGCUGGAGGAGGUGCGCUCGGCCCUGGAGGACAGUGAGCGCUACCGCAAGCUGCUGGAGCAGGAGGUGGUGGAGAUCACUGAGAGGCACAAUGAGGUCAGCAUCCAGAACCAAAGUCUCCUUCUGGUCAAGCGCAAGCUGGAGUCGGAUGUCCAGCGCAUCUCCGAGCAUGAGGAGCUCAUUAGUGAGUUCCACUCAGCCGAUGAGAGGGCCAAGAAGGCCAUGACCAAUGCUGCCCGCAUGGCAGAAGAACUCCGGCAAGAACAGGACCACUGCAUGCACCUAGAGAAGAUCAAGAACUAUGAGGUCACCAUCAAAGACCUGCAGGCCAAGAUGGAGGAGGCUGAGCAGCUGGCCCUGAAAGGAGGGAAGCGCACAAUCAUGAAGUUGGAGGCCAGGAUCAAGGAACUAGAAACAGAACUGGAUGGGGAGCAGAAACAGCAGGCAGAGUCGGUGAAGACGCUGCAUAAGAAUGAGCGCCGCGUCAAAGAGCUGGUCUUCCAGACGGAGGAGGACCACAAGACCAACCAGCACAUGCAGGAGCUGGUGGAGAAGCUGCAGAACAAGCUGAAGAUCUACAAGUGGCAGAUGGAGGAGGCGGAGGAGCAAGCCAACCAGACCUUGGCUCAAUACAGGAAGACGGUGCACGAGCUGGAUGAUGCUGAGUUGCAGGCCAGCAUGGCGGAGACUGCCCUGAACAAGCUGCGCACCAGAAACCGUGUGGCUGGCAAGGGCAUCACCUCUGUGGAGAUCAUCCAGGUCAGCCUGUCUAAGACAGGCUCCUCCAAAACACGCUCUGAGGAAUAAGGCCUUCCGCCCCUUAGGUCACAGCAGGGUGAUACAGAUCUCAACAGCAGUCCAUUGAGGAAGAAAAU